CUUUGCCAGGGUUUCUGUCAUUUAAUAAUAAUAAUAUUAUUGUUUUCAAAGAGAAGAAUUUGACAAGAGAAAAUUUGCAGGGAAACGAAGGAGAAGGAAGACUUGUGAAGAAAAGUCUUCAUUAAGAGUGGCCAUAAAUGAAGAAAAUUCAUACUCUUUUCACUCCCUUUCUUUUCUCUCUUUAAGUUUUUGCUACGGUUUUGUUUCUUCUCGGAACUUACAAGGAAACAAGAACACUAGUAUGUGUUUUGAUUGCUCUAAAUCUUAACUACUUGAGAAAUUGAGUGGAGUAAAUUGAAAGGGUUUCUUCAAAAGUAUGGGGAAUUGUAUGGGAUCUCCUGUUGUUAAUAGAAGUCCAAGUUCUACUGGAAUUUCAACAACAACAGGAGCAUCAAAGAACAAUAGUAAUGAAAAUGGGUUUUCUGGGAGUACUGGUGGAAACAGUAAAUAUUCAGCAAGUGGAAGUUUAGAUGAAGUUUUCCCAGAUGGCCAAAUCUUACCAACCCCAAGCCUUAAAGUAUUUACUUUUGCUGAAUUGAAAGCAGCGACUAGGAAUUUCAAACCUGAUACUGUUUUAGGUGAAGGAGGUUUUGGGAAGGUUUUUAAAGGUUAUCUUGAUGAGAAAACUCAUGCUCCUUCUAAAAUUGGUAGUGGAAUGAUUGUUGCUGUUAAGAAAUUGAAUUCAGAAAGUAUGCAAGGAUUUGAAGAAUGGCAGUCUGAGGUGAACUUCUUGGGAAGGCUUUAUCAUCCUAACUUGGUGAAGCUCCUUGGGUAUUGCUGGGAGGAUAAAGAGCUGUUACUCGUUUACGAAUUCAUGCAGAAAGGAAGUUUGGAAAACCACCUGUUCCGAAGGAUGAUUUCAACUGUACAACCACUUUCAUGGAGCAUAAGACUCAAGAUAGCUAUGGGUGCUGCUAAAGGUCUUGCAUUCUUACACUCGUCCGAAAAGAAAAUCAUUUACAGGGACUUCAAGGCUUCAAAUAUCCUAUUGGACGGGCAUUUCAAUGCAAAGUUAUCCGACUUUGGGUUGGCUAAAAAUGGUCCUUUGGCUGGUGAUUCACACGUGACAACUAGGGUCAUGGGCACAUACGGCUAUGCAGCUCCUGAGUAUGUCGCCACAGGUCAUUUGUAUGUGAAGAGUGAUGUAUACGGAUUUGGAGUUGUAUUACUAGAAAUGUUGACAGGUUUAAGAGCACUUGAUUCAAACCGACCAAGUGGGCAGCAUAACUUGGUGGAUUGGUUAAAACCAUCUCUAUCAGAUCGAAGAAAGCUCGUUAGGAUAAUGGACCAACGAUUGGAAGGUCAGUAUCCUUUGAAAGGUGCAGCACUGGCAGCUCAACUCAGUCUUAAAUGUCUUGCUCCAGAACCUAAGAACCGACCUGGGAUGAAAGAAGUUGUGGAAUCUUUAGAACAAAUUCAAGCCAUCAAGUUCAUUCCCAAGGAGUCUUAUCGGCCUGCCACUCCUCCACAGCCUACACGCCGUCCAGGUCAACACUCCUCUCAUAAUCGUUCACCUCUUCAUCCAGCUUAUGGUGGUCCUGGUGCUAAUAAACCUCAUGGUUAUCCACGAUCACCUACUGCUGUCCGUUGACGCAGGCGAGAGAGUUUCACAAAUUUGCGUCCCUGAUUAUUUCCUCUGGAGGGCUUCACAAAUUUGCUUCCCUGAUUAUUUCCUUCUAUCAAUUCUUCCACGUAAUUAUUACCACUAUAAAUUUUUUCUCCUCCUAAUGUUGUAUUUUAUGUGAAGUAGAAUGUUGUUUUUUUGUGUGUUUAUGAUUCAUAAACACAGAAUUGUAUGUUCCUUGUAAUGUAAUCAUUCUGAGUGUAACAAAUCUCAUAAACCAUUGUAAUACUAAAUGUAGUAGUAUGUUUGUUGUCUUAGCCUA